AUGCCGAUCUCAACGUUGGGACGAUACUCACGAAAACCCGUCCAUUCGAGCCGAGCUAUUCGCACUCGGCUCCACCAUCUACGAAAUCUGGACGACCACAAGGCCUUUCAAGACGACCCCAACGACAUGGUCGAGGAGAAAUACAAAUGCCAGCGCUUUCCGGACGUCGAAGCCAGUCCAGUAGCCGGCAUCAUCAAAGGGUGCUGGUAUGGAACUUAUGGUUCUGCAGAUGAGGUUGUCACCGCCCUCAAAUCACUCCAGACCGAACGAACGGUGGCCCUCAACUUCACCAAUGUCAACAAGUGGACAAUAUUUGUUAAUUCGCCUGCGUCGUCACAGCCUGCACUCUCGCACUAUGGCUUAAGCCACAUGCAGCUGUAA